AUAGCAUACGGACGGACGGACGGACGGUGCAAAAGGAAGUGUGUGAUGUGAUACGAAAUAACACAAAGAAAAAAGUUUCUGAUUUAAAUAUAGAUACAAACCCAGUGGUAAUAUAAUUACGUAGUGUUGAUAAUAACGUAAUAAGUGUAGUUUGUGUCCAGGCAUAUCAAUAGUUUAUUAUUCAGUCGUGUUUCCACUGCAUUUUGAAAAUACAAUUGUGUUUUUGGAUUUCCUGCCGCCAGUUCUUCGCAUGUAUCUGACCCAUGGCGUCCCUUUCGUUGCCCCGAGUCCUUCAGCUAAAGAAGAACAGUUUGGACGCCGAGCGUGAACACUUUGAGAAGUUUCAGACGCUAGCAGUCCAAAAGGCGACCAACUCCGUGGAGACCCCCGUGAAAGAGAAACAUGUGCGCAGCGCCAUUAUCGGCACCUUUCAGGAGCAGAGCGCCAUCACCUACUGGAUGGUGGCGAUCCGUCUCCCACUCCAAGACAACCGCAUCGUGGCAUGGAAGUUCUGUCACGUGACACACAAGCUGCUCAGGGAGGGGCACCCGGCAUGCCUUGACGACUCGCAGAGGCACAUCGGCAUGAUACAGAACCUGGGGAAACUAUGGGUUCACUUACGCGAAGGCUACGGCCGCCUCGUGCACCUGUACUGCUCGCUGCUGGUCUGCAAGCUGAAGUUCCACGCGCGCAACCCUCGGUUCCCCGGCAACAUGCAGCUCACGGCCGACGAGCUGGACGCCAUCGCCGAGAACGACGUCAACAACUACUUCCAGUUAUGUGUGGAGUUGUUCGACUAUAUGGAUGACAUUUUGAACCUACAAGCAGCAGUAUUCGAUAGUCUCGGCAACGCUCGUGCGAACUCCAUGACGGCGAGCGGGCAGUGCCGGCUGGCCGCGCUCAUCCCGUGCGCCCAGGACUCGUCGCAGAUCUACGACUGCAACGUGCGCCUGCUGUUCCGCCUGCACGCCUCGCUGCCGGCCGACACGCUGGCCGGACACAGGGAGAGAUUCCGGCAGCAGUUCAAGAAGCUGAGCUCAUUCUACAAGCACGCGAGCAGCCUGCAGUAUUACCGCAAUCUGCUGACGCUACCCUUGCUGCCUUCUAACCCACCUAAUUUCCUUAUUCAGAGCGAUUUCGGAACGUACGUGACACCGGUGGUCUCAAUUCCGGAGCCUCCUCCGGACGAAGUGGACACCGUGGGCUCGCUCAUCGACACUUCCGACACCUUCAGUUUGGCUACGACUCCGGACAAUAGUGAUGUGAUCGACACCCGGACCACUCCCUCACCGCAGCCCGACCCUGUGGUGGAGCGAGACAGGCUGAUCGAUCAUCUACAGAACGAGCUCAAGAGGAUGCGAUUAGAGGUAUCACAAAUGGUGCAGGACCGGAAUACAAUGAUGGCAUCCAUGCGUGAACACUGCUCGAAACUAGAGGCGCAAAUACACACUACAAAGACUGAAUUGGAAGAAGAAAGGCAAAAGGCUGAAGUUUUAGCAGCAGAAACCCCAGAAAUCAAACAAAAACUAACACAGACUGAAGAGAAAGCGAAAAUACAAGACGAGAAAUUCCAGAAGUUAAAAGGAGCGUACACACAGCUACGAGAAGAACAUAUCACACUUAUCAGACAGAAAGCAGAAGUAGACAAGACAGCGGCCAGCUUAAGGGCAGCAGCGGCGCAGCACGAGAGUGCCAAGACCGCCUUGCAGCAGCAACUUAACGACAGGAUGAAAGAUGUAGAAUUACUACAACAAAGUGCAUCAUCGAGUGAAGAAAUCGAAGCAUACAAAACGCAAAUAGCUAACCUCCGAGCCGAACUCGAACAAGCCAGAGAAAAGGAAGCAGAACUAGAAACCCUUAAGGCCUCCAUGGAAGCAUUAGACAUAGAGCAUAAAACGACAGCCACAGUUCAGCAGGAAAAACUAACAGCGCUAGAACACGAAUUAAAAGAAGUCAUGGAAAAUUUAGAAAAUGUAAAAAAAGAAAGUGAAAAGAAAGAGAUAGCGUUAGCAAAAGUAAAGGAAGAGUUGGUAGGGCUUAGGGAGAAGAGUGGGGAUGAGUAUAAAAAAGUGGUGGAAGAACGAGAAGCUGCGUUGAAGCAGGUUGCGGAGCUGACUCAGCAGCAUCAACAGGAGAAACAGGAGCAGGACGAUUUAGUUAGCAAUUUGAAAACAGACCUAGAACACGCCCAGCAAAAAAUACUAGAAACAGAAGCAAAUUAUAAAAGUUACAUCCUAAAGUUAAAUGAUGAAUUAGAUGCGAACAAUAAGGAACAUGAAACUGUUAUUAAAAAACGUGACGAAGAAUUAAGAGAAACGCUCGAGAAAUUAGUCAAACUAGAUCAAGAUAAAACCGAUGCUGUGGAAGAACUGAAACAACAACUUGAAAGCGUAAUUACGGAGAAAGAUUCGAAAAUAAAUGAGAUACAGAUAGAGCUUGAGGAAAAACAAAGUAGCAUAGGAGAACAAAAUAGGGAAUGCAAUGCAAUGAAAAAUACUAUUUCUGAGCUGGAAACUAAGAUAGAGCAUACAACUAAGGAGCUAGAAAAAGUACAAUCAAAAUUAGACAAUGUUAUUUUAGACUUAGAAAAUGAAAGAACAGAAUAUGAAUCCGAAUUGAAAGAAAAACAAACACAUAUAGAGACAUUGAAAGAUGAAUACAAACAACUAGUACAGAGCACGGAAGAAAUUAUAACAGGUUUAAAAUCUCAGAUAGUCGAAAAGGAUGAACAAGUAAUAUCACUUGACAUUGAAGUGACUAAUCUUAAAGAUAACGUUUCCAAGCUUGAAGAAGAAUUAAAUGAGACCCAAGCUGAAUUAGAGAUUGGUAAAAAUGAGUUACUACAUAUAAGAGAGGAACAUGACGCUUUUGUAGAACGGAACGAAAAUAACUUAACUUUAAAGAAUGAGGAGUUAAGGAGUCUUCACGAUGAAAUUAACAAACUUAAGAAAGAAUAUGAAGAAUUAACGACAGAAAAACAAAAACAAAGAUAUAAUUUCGAGUUAGAGAAACAGGAAUUCCUAAAUAAAAUCGAAGAAUUAGACCAGGAGCAUUCUAAACUACAUAAUAAAUACGAAACGAUGCAAAACGAAAAGGAUGCAAUAAUUGGUAAGCUUAAUGAUGAAAUAGUCAAUCUGAAACUGCAAUGUAGCCACAUACAAGACAGUAAGGAUGGCGAAAUAAAAUGUCUACACGAAAAACUUCAAAAACAUGAAACUGAUUUCGCAUCACAGAUUUCUGAGAAAGAUAACACAAUUUUAGAAGCGAACAGAAAUCUUGAAGAAUUGAAGGCUCAGUUAGAGGAAUUGCAGACGCUUAGAGCAAAAGAGAAGGAAGAUGCGGAUCUUUUGUUGUCUGAGAAAGAAGGCAAUGCUAAGUUGCUGGAAGUGAGGCUCGGCCACACGGAGCGGGAGAGACUGAGCGCGGAGUGUGAGUUGCAGGAUCUGCUGCAACACAACACGGUGUUGGAGGCUGAUCUGACCGCGGCGAGGAUACAGCUGCAGGAGGCGCAGGCGGAGAUUGAGAAACAACGGUUAAAGCUACUGACGACAGCAAGCGCCGCGGCGUUGGAGGUUACGAGUGGAGCGCUCGAACGAGUGACUGCGCAGGAUUCCAACCGCGCCGCCGCCGUACUCGCCGCUGAGGCUCUGAAGGAACUAGCUAGCACCACAGAGAUCAAAGGUCACGAGGACACUCUGGCGCGCUCGGCUAUCUUCGCCGCGCAUAACGCAGCGCAGCUUUCAGCAUACGUAACAGAAGUGUCCAAUCUCUCUACCGACAUAGAGCUUACAGACAAACUAAACACCGAAUGCCGCCUAAUGCUAUCAGCGACGGCGGAUUGCCUAACGCAUCUCUCUCGCGGCGAGUUACAAGCGCCGUACGGUGAUGCACGUAGCCGCAUCAGUACAGUCGCCGCUGCCGCCGCAGCCGCCGACCGUACUAAUACUGGAGCUCGUAGCGUGGACGAUGAGCUGGCCGACAUGGACAAGGCCAUCGAACUGGCUGCGGGACAGAUCGAGGAGAUGCUCGCAGCCAGCCGCGCGGGUGACUCGGGCGUCAAGCUCGAAGUGAACGGCAAGAUCCUCGACGCGUGCACAACCCUCAUGGCCGCCGUCAAAGCUCUAGUCCAGGACGCCAGGAAACUGCAGGCCGAGCUCGGAGACCCUGGGACCAGGCUGAAGAUGUACCGGCGCAAUCCUCAGUGGUCGGAGGGACUCAUAUCCGCCGCUAAGGCCGUUGUCUUCGCUGCUAAACUGCUCGUAACGUCAGCGGACGAGGCGGUGAACGGCGAGGGCCGCGUGGAGGGCGUGUCGGCGGCGGCGCACGAGGUGGCGGCCAGCACGGCGCAGCUCGUGGCCGCCUCGCGCGCGCGCGCCGCGCCCGGCUCCUCCGCGCUGCAGCGCCUCGCGCAGGCCUCCAGGGCCGUCGCGGCCGCCACCGGGGCGGUGGUCGCCGCGGCCAGGGACACGUCUAGAAGACUCAACGAUCAAGAGGCCCUUGACACGUCAGCGUUAACGCUCACCGCAACGCGGAUCCUCGAGAUGGAGAGCAAAGUCCGCUCGCUGGAGCUGGAAAGCGCUCUGGAGGCAGAGCGGGCGAAGCUCUCCGCGCUCCGUACGAGGCACUACCAGCUCGCACAGAUGCAGGAGAAUGGCGGUAUUACUAAUGGAAAAGAGUGAAGCUACGACGAAAUGCAACCCUCCGCCACCAUCGACGUAUUGCACGCAUUUACCAAUAACAACGUAUUUUUCAGUAUUUUCACUGCACCGUCGCAUUUUUCUGUAAUGGCAUUUUAUUUUUGCUAUACAACGAAGCUUUUUCGUAUAUUUGUGAGUUAUGUACCUUAUUGUGACAGAUGAGAGAAUCAUGUCUUCCCUGAGGAGGCUCAAUAGUAACUAUGAAAUAUCAUAUGAAUUAUGCUCUAGCCAGACAUCAUAACUGCUUAAGGCCCAUCAGUGAGUGUAACCCUUUUGCUACUUCUCACUUUUUUUUAUCAUCUUUUGUAUACAGACAUUGGUAUUAAAAUGACUGCGCUCAUUCCCUGAAUAAGUGAAUAUACUUUAUUUUGGAUAUGGAAGUUUUAACGCAUUUAUUGGCUAUGUCACAGAAUAAAUAAUACACCGGUACAGAAGACUCACUCUCUAACAAGCCGCUAGGUGGCGACAGCGCCACGCGCGGCUUAUGGCUUUCCCCAAAAUUGGGGUGGAACGGAUGUACUUUUAGCUACCUGUAGCAAAGUGACGAAAUCGCGAAGUGAGCCACGCCUGGCUGUGUGUACAACUGUAAUUGAAAAGUAUCACCUUUUUGCCACGGUGUGAUCUGUCGGUUGUUUUUUCACCACACAUUCCGCAGUUGUACAAACAGCAACACUCCUAACUGUACAUCGGUGGACCUUAUUACAGAAGGCAUAAGGUCCUCCGAUGUACAGUUAACAGUGUAGGCGAUGGUACAUAGCCAAUAUUGCAAUUAUGAGUUUAUGACUUAUAGGUCUUGUUAUUAAAAUGUCAAGUUAUUUACACGCAUUAGAGAUAACUAAAAUUAAUCAUUCUAUUGGUGAGGCUAGUGUAAAAUUUAGCUGGAGUUGUUUCUAAAUGAAAUAAACAUGUCAAUUUUAGUGGUACAUAUAUCCAAAUAACCUGUGCGAAUUCUGCGUAACAAAAGCAUUAUCCAUAAUAUAUGUUUUCUUUUUAUAAGACUGUGAGAGAGACGAUAUUACGAUGCAUAUUGAUGUGAUGCUAGCCCGUCAGUACACCUAAUAACUAUUAUAUAAUAAAAGGUAUGUGAACACAACGUGUAGAUUGUACUAAGUGUAUAGAUAAUCCAUGUCGCUAGAUUCCCAUUAGGCUAACACGCCUUUAAACUGUCCCAGCGUAAUCGACCUACCGCCCAUUACCUAGGUGUCAUUUUCGUAUGUCACUUAUAUAGAGUAAUUAAAGCUCUGCUCUCGAGCACUCUUUGGCUUGAAGCCUUUGAUAAAAAUGAUGAAUCGUUUACGCAUGUCUGAAAUUGUCUAGAACAAAACAAUCCAUUCAAAUAUCAACCUUAUAUAGUAUAUGGAAGAAGAUUCCAAUUGCAAAAACUAAUUGUAAAUUAUGUUCUUGUCAUUUUUUAUAUCUAUUGUAUAGAGGUAUAGUAUGAGACCUAUUUACGUUUAGGUUAGGAUCCACUGUUGUAGCUUAUGAAUACAUUAAACCCGUAGGUUAUUUUUAAGUAUUAAACGUAAAUCUACUCUCAAUUAAUGAAAUGGAAAUGACAGUAAAACAAUAAGAUCACUAAUCGGUAGCUGUAACUCGUAACUUUUAUAAGUCCUUUUGGAUGUCUAAAUCGGAUUAAAUCUAGUUCCUUUGUAUUAAAUAGAUUAUAUUUUGAUGUUUAAUAAUAAACUAUACACUAUA